UUUGCACCUCGUGAAUCACAAGGGAACAAUAAACUAGAUUAGAUUACAAGAUGGUUUAAAGGACGUAGAGAAAGAUGCAUCAGUGUGGCAACAGCGGGUCGCAUAGAAUAGAAUCGAAGUAAUCAUGAAGAGACCAAUGCGACGACGUUUUAUAUCCACAUGGCAUCCCAUAUCCGAAGCCCAUCUUCCAUAAAUUGAGGACGUCCCGUUCACUGUUCGCGCCCCAAGUCCCAGCCUUCGGUUCAUCUGGCUUCCAACCAAAGACCAGAGGUUUCCAUGGCUACUUCAGAGAAGCAAGUGAUGGUGGUGGGAAUCGAUGACUACGAUCAUAGCAUCUACGCCCUCCAAUGGACUCUUGAUCAUUUCUUCGCAUCCGGUCCUAAUCCUCUCUUCAGGCUCGUUCUUGUCCAUGCCAAGCCUUCCGCUACUUCCGUCGUUGGCCUUGCUGGCCCUGGAGCCGCUGAUGUUUUGCCCAUUGUUGAUGCCGAUCUGAGACAGAUUGCUGCCAGAGUUGUUGAAAAGGCAAAAGAACUCUGCACCGGCAAAUCGGUGAAUGAUGCUAUGGUGGAAGUUGUGGAAGGUGAUGCAAGAAAUGUACUUUGCGAUGCAGUUGAAAGGCAUCAUGCUUCAAUGCUGGUCGUGGGUAGUCAUGGUUAUGGAGCUAUAAAGAGGGCGGUAUUAGGUAGUGUGAGUGACUAUUGUGCACAUCAUGCUCACUGCACUGUGAUGAUAGUGAAGAAGCCAAAAACAAAACAUUAAUCUGCAUUACCAGCGGAGAGCAAUAAAGUGUUUGCAGCAGCAGCGUACAUCAAUAAAGUUUUCUUAGAAAUUUAAAGCUAUGUUGUUGUGGUGUGUCGACUGUGUACUUUUAUUUUGUGUUAUUAUAUGUUUAAUCUAAUUAAUGAUAAAACUACCUUGUAUUAUAUAAUUAUAAAAUAUGCCCCCUUACCCGAUAGAUGUUUUGCUUUGAUUUCAUUGUCUACCGGGAAAUUCUUGAAUAAGAUGUGAUUUCCAGUUGCAAAUAAUUUAUGAGCAAAUUUCUCGACUA